CUGAUGCAAUAUGGCGGAAACUCUACGCAAGAUCUCCAGCUGAUUUACUUUCACAACAAAUUGAAAUGUAUUCUGGGGAGAUCGCGUAUCUAAAUUGGUUGCAUUCAAUACAUAUACGACAGUUCUAGAAAUAGGAUUGAAAAUGGAAACUGAACAUACUCCUUUAGAGCCCAGAGACACUGAACGUUUGCCAGAAAAUCUGCCACCAGAGGUAGAAGAAGGCAAUGUUGAAUACAAGUUAAAGCUGGUAAAUCCAAGUGCCGAGCGUCUGGAGCAUCUUGUCACACAGAUGAAAUGGAGACUGGAAGAGGGCCAGGGGGAGGCAAUCUACGAGAUUGGUGUCGAGGAUAACGGCCUCCUUGUUGGGCUCAUGGAAACUGAGCUGCAGGCUUCAGUGGCUUCACUGGAACAUAUGGCAGAAAGACUAGGAGCCACACUGACAGUAUUACGAGAGAGAUGUAUAGACGAUGAAAAUGGAGAGGAACAGAGAAGAGCACUAGAAAUCCUAGUAAGAAAAGUCCCAGAUGACCAAAAAUUCAUCGACCUGCGACUGACGGUACUGGGUAAUGUGGACUCAGGGAAAAGCACACUACUGGGUGUGUUGACACAUGGGGAGCUGGACAAUGGACGGGGCAAGGCACGGCAAAACCUAUUCAGACAUCUGCACGAGAUACAGACAGGAAGAACCUCUUGCAUCAGCCACGAGAUAUUAGGCUUUAACAACAAAGGAGAGGUUGUGAACUACAGUGAGUCUCGGAGUGUUGAGGAGAUAUGUGAGGCGUCCAGUAAGCUGAUCACACUCAUCGAUCUGGCCGGCCACCACAAAUACCUCAAGACGACUAUAUUUGGCCUCACCUGCUACUCUCCUGACUUCUCCAUGCUUGUUGUCAGCGCAAACACCGGCAUGGCUGGUACUACAAAAGAGCACCUUGGAUUUGCCCUUGCACUGAAGGUUCCAAUAUUUGUGGUGGUGACAAAGGUUGACAUGUGUCGCAAGUUCUUCAUUGAGAAGACUGUCAGCCAGCUGGAGAAGAUCCUCAAGUCACCUGGAUGCAAGAAGAUACCAGUCCGGAUCGCCAACGAGGAUGACGCCAUUACCGCGGCUCAGAACUUUGACACUGACAAGAUAGUUCCCAUCUUCUGCAUAUCAUCUGUGAAUGGUGCAAACCUCCCGCUGCUCUUCAAAUUCCUGAAUCUGAUCCCACCUCUGAACAAGGACAGAGACAAGCUGGUACAGCUGCCCACAGAAUACCAGAUCGAUGGGGUAUUCAGUGUGCCCGGUGUUGGGAAUGUGGUGGGAGGCAGACUUCACAGUGGUUCAGUACGUGAGGGGGACCAGCUAAUGCUGGGUCCAUAUGAGGAUGGCCAGUUCCAGUCUGUGAAGGUGAAGACGGUCCACCGACAUCGGUUACCAUGCCGACUGAUCCAGGCCGGCCAGGCUUCUACUGUGGCCCUGCAUGAUGUUGAGAGGGAACACCUACGCAAGGGCAUGGUGUUGGUGAGUUCAGAGCUGGUUGGGGCAUGUAUGGAGUUUGAGGCAGAUGUCUAUCUGCUCUACCAUGACACACGGGUCUGCCCAGGAUUCCGAACCACAGUCCAUGUCGGCAACGUCUGUCAGUCCGUACAAAUCAUGGAAAUUAAAGACAAGACCGCCAUAAAGACCAACCAGAAGGCUCAGGUUAUAUUCAAGUUUAUGAAGCAGCCAGAGUACAUCCGUGUCGGCAGCCGGCUCCUGUUCCGCCAGGGAACAGCCAAGGGGGUAGGGGAGGUAAUCAAGAUAUAUCCAUACACAGAGGUUCCCACCAGAUAGGAAUUGCCUCCCCUGACUGGCAAAGUUUUUUUGUUAUAGAUGACUGACUCUUUAUUGCCAUUUAUUUAAUGUAUUGCACUUUUUUAUUAGUGUGUUUUAACUUAAUUGAAAAGACACUAACUGUUACAGUUAGUACACCUGUAUUCAGAUUAUGAACCUAUUUAUUGAUUUUACAACUUCUAAAUCCUAAAUCCAGGAUUUGUUUAAUACUUGAUGUUUUAAAGUGUUAUUGAUCAACGCUUCUCUCUUACCUAAAUAUUAUUGUAUUGUUAUAAUACCAGUAAAUACAGUCUUUAAUGUUAUUCAACUAUUUUAACAUCUUUAUGAUUUCCUUUACAAAUGUUUUAAAGCCUUUCCAUGUGUGUAUUGAUCUGAUUUCAAUGCUCCAUUUGUCCCAGUCUUGCAGCUUUGCUCUUUAGUCAUUAUUUUCAAUCAAAUUUUUUCAUCAAUUAGAUUAAAGUGUCUAUUUAAAUAUAAUGAUUACAAUGUGUUAAAUAUUUUAUAAUAUUAGCUGUUUGCAGUGUUAUAUUGAUUAAGAUUUUUAAACAAACAUUCAUUUUUACCAUUAUUGUUUUAUUGCCUUAUUGAAGUCAUACAAUAAUUUUACGUUAUUUUACUUGGCUUUGACUAAUUAUUGACUUCUGCUACUUUCUUAAGUAUUGCUUCUAUUUUCUUCUUGAUUUCUUUUCAAAAAGAUCUUAUUUGAUUCUGGAAUCUUGGGGAGAACACUUCCAGGAAGUUCUUCAUAGCAGUAAUGUCUGUGUUGUCAGAAUCCAAAGACAGAUGGCUUGUAGUAUGUACAUUUAGUGUAACUCAUGCAAUACCAGUCAUAGGGCUUUCAGUUUUGUGUUUUCAAGUAUGAUUCCAGGAGAGUGGUGUAUUCAUGUUUUAAUAAUGUGAUGUUAGUGUAUUCUUGUUAAAUGUUAUGAUGUCCGAUGACUGAUGUUAAGACUGAGGUAGGAGCAUAUGACAAAAUAUCAUAGAUUAACAUGAAAUGGGUGUCAUAAACUAUAUUAAACAAAAAAUACUAGCAAAAUCAAAUAAACACUGCUUAAUCUAACCAUUAAGCCUACUAGUUCUGUUCUAUACAGUAAAACUACUCAUCAGUACCAAAUCGCUUAGCACGCAUGCACUGAUACUAUGACCUUCUUUUAUUAUAUGCAUUCUGUUGGUUUAAGGAGAAUUAUUUGUGAAAUAAAAUUGAUAUUUCAGUGUUGCAAACAGGAAAGAUCUCGAUCUGAUAUUGUUUACUGUUUUGAAUUUAAGUUCGUUCUCACUUACAAGUAAAUGUUUUAAAUUGUUAUGAUUAAUAAAAGGGUGCUUGUAUCUUGAAUGUUCGCUUAGUCAAAAUCAAACUUUUACUUGCGAAAUGAAUACAUCUACGUUUUAGGUUUAAGGUUUAUAAAAUUGAUUGGUUUUAAAAUUAGAGUAUAUCUAGUUCAAAAAUGAUCAUAGCAGCAAUAUUAUGAUAAGUUGUCAUACGAGACCCUGGGUUUGUCAAUUUUCGUGUUUUAUUAAUUUUCCACAUCCAUGCAAUACAUUGUGUAUAAUAAACUAUAAUUUAAAUUUUGCAAAAUUUGUUAAUCGUGGAACAAAAUUUUCUUGUUUUGCCUUUGUGUUGAAGUCAGGGAUCUGAUGUGUGCCUGUGUGACUGUGCCAUGGUGUUGUGUAAAACAUGUACUGUUAAUCGGUCCCCCCACACUUGUAUAAGCACUGUGUGACUAUGCCACAGUGUGGUGUUGUACCUUUAACCUGUCCCGCCCUCACUUUUAUCAGCUUUUGACAGCUUUUGACAUGUUGAAUUUAAUGUGUUUUUGAUAUUAAUGUACUUUAUAAAUUGUUAAAGUUU